ACACCGUUUUAAGAACACCUUUUAGCAGCACGCGCGUUAAUAGCACAAGCCAGCACAAGCAAUCAGCUGAUGAAACGAGGAAAUUUACUAGUCAGCGUGCGCAAUUUGACGACUGAAUUCAAUCAAAUUCGUGAAUUAAGUUUUUUCCGAAAAUCAUUAGUCUGAUUAUUUUAUCGUACGGGAAAUGGCGUUAAAUCUGAUCAAACAGAUUACAGUGCUUGGACAACGUUCACUCGCAACAAAAACGUUAUCGGCAAAAUUUUACACUGGAAGUCUGUACGAGCCAGAUUAUUUAGAGACAGGAAAAUCAAAAUUUCCACUUUUAUCGACGAUAAAUGUACAAAUUAAAGGUUAUGAUUAUCCUGUGCUCGAAUGCUAUCAGUCAUUUAUACACAAAUUAGCGGAUGUCAUACAAAUCGAUAUAGACAACAGCUGGCCGUUACCACCUCAAGAAUUCACGAUUCAGAAGUAUAAAACUGGAACGACAACAAUUGUGUCUGAGUAUUAUCUCAAAAUUUAUGAAAGAAAUAUACAAAUGUCAGAAGUACCAUCUAUAAAAUAUUCAGUACUGAUCAGAGCAUUGGAGGCUGCUUUACCACAAGGUGUUACUUUGAAUAUAAAUAUUUAUGAUCCUGCGCUAGAAGAGAAGCGAUACAUACCAGACAAAGAAUUGAUGGACUUGAAAUCGACGCUAGAUACAUUAAAAAAAUAAAACUUAAGUGUAGUAUUUACAUUGUUGUGAUUAAUGUAUUAUUAGAUAUAAAUAAUACUUGUAUAUAUUGUUACAAAAAUAGCAUCUCUUUCCACAAGCACGUAAACU